AUGUCUGCAGAUAUGAUUGUACAAUUCCAGAGGAAGAUGGGUGAGUGCUGUGAAUCAAAAGUAGGUCAUUGGAAGAGGGAGAUUGAAAAGGCGAAAGUUGCUCGCCUGUUGCUGAAUGAAGUUCGAGAAAAGCAGGUUGGCAAUCACAGGGACGAUGUGAUGUGUGUUGACAUCGACUGUUCAGAAGAAACCAUCAGGAAAUAUGAUUUCUUCAAGCCGGUUGCUUUCCAAUUCUGCCAGGAGCACAUUAACCGCUUCUCGGGUGAACAGGAUAUCAUCACAGACCAGGAGUUAGGAGCAGCAGCAGCUGAAAUUGCCAAAAUUCAGCUCCCUUACUGCAGGUAUAUUAUUAAUUUUAUAAACUGCAAAUAA